AUGUCUAGGGAGUCUCAGAUCUUCAUACAAUCUUGGCAUGGUCUCCCCAACCUGUCUGCUCUGCAGAAAGACCUGACUCGACGCUUGAAGCGCCAGCUUCUUCACUUCCCCGUCACAACGCGAGGGGUCGUUCUUGGUGGGCUCCCUGUUGGAACCGACCAGUUUCAUUCGGGAUACAUGCGCAACAAGGUCUCCGCCCUCAACGCCGAGCUUUCUCUGCUGGAGGUGGUGGAGUACGGGUUCAUGUUCAAAACAUGUAGAAAUUUAUUAUUAAAGCAAAACACACAAAGCUGCCUCAAGCAUACGAGCAACAAGAUCCGAAGGUCGAAGCUCACAACACACACAAUGCGCGGACCAUGGAUGCGGCGACCGUCGGCAUCUCCAGCUCAGCAGCGCCGUCCUAAGGGGUUCCAGCAGAGGUGGAGAUGUAAUCGGACCUGUCGGACUGAGGAGACUGAUCUCCAGACAAGUCCGACGAGAGCCUCCGGAGCGUCUCAGACCGUCCGGAGCCGGCGCGCCUCGCCGGGGAGAGACCCAGGCGAGGCGGCCAAGGCAGCUACCGCAGCAGCGCCCUGA